AUGUCUACUGCUCAGCAGACGAAGCCAAAGACGGUUGUGAGUACAACUACAGGGAUCACUUGUGAACAAUCUCAAAAACUCGUGCAAACAAUGCUAACAAUGUCAUUUGGAUGUCUGUCAUUUUUGCGAGGGCUUUUUCCGGACGAUAACUUCAUUGACCAGCGCUUCGUUCCAGAAAAGGUUAUAAAGAACUACAAUAAGGAUAGGAAUGAAGCGCCUGCGAAUUCAAUCAAAAUUAAAACGCUUGUUCGCGGCAAAACUCCAGAGGCAGACUUGUUUCUAGAUUGGCUGGAAAAAGGCGUUUUUCAAUCUAUCAAAGUGAAGUAUUUGAAGGCUCUAAGUUUGGGCGUCUUUACGCAUGAAGAAGCGCCGAGCGAUCUCCUCGAAAAUUAUCUUUUUAGUUUUAGCUACGGAGACGACGGGCAGGUAUCCAUGGGCGUCAACGGUGAAGAGGGAGAAGUUUCACUUCUUGAUUCAAGAAGGGUUGUGCAACAGCUUAUGAGAAGGUUUAUAAUCAUUACUCAGUCACUUGAGCCCCUCCCAGAAAAACGCUUCUUGACAAUGCGUUUGCUCUUCAAUGAAAACGCGCCACCCGAAUAUCAGCCACAGUACUUUAGAGAUGCAACCUAUGACAAACCCUCAAUUAUCAAGAUACCCAAAAGUGCUGAUUUGGAUACCUAUUCGGUAGGGUCUAUUGACACUAAGUUUCACGAGGUGUCGCUAAAAGUCCUUUCAGUAGUCGAGAGCACCAACGAUGCGAGUCCUGUUCCAACAAGGGACAUUGAUCCUUUCAGCUUAGUUGAACCAGUCGAUGCAAUCGAAGAGACCAACUUAAGCUUUUCGCAGGUGGCUUUUGAGACACCUCGUCGUCCGCUAAGCCAAACAACCAAGUAUCUCAAAAAUUAUCUUACCGCCCCCUCAGCAGAAGUGGCAAAUACUCAGCAUCUAAACGAACAUGACACCUACGAUUGUCAGUGUGCUAUCCCCUGCCCCCAGUCAACUUCAAAAAGUAUUUGCUGUACUCAAUGCAAGAGAAAAGUGCACAGAAUAUGCUAUGGAAACUAUCGCAGAACAAGCAUUAAUAAGUGCAUUUCUUGCUUGAUGAAAGGGAAAAGCUUUAACUGCAGGACCUGGAGUUUCAAAACCUUUAUGAUGCUGCGAAGGAUUUACAGAUUUAUGAUAAAGAAACCGGAUUUCCCUUCCACUUUAUCUGAAUUUUACGAAAUUCUAGCAGGAACAGAUACAGACCCCGAAAUCAAAAGAUGUAUCAACGUUUCUAUCUCAAUAUUGUUUUAUGAUGAGGUGUUUGUCCUUGAAAAGGAGAGGCGGCCCCAAACAUCAAGCAAAAAUCAGUUCCUGAAGUCUUCCAAUUAUAUUACCAUAGAUCAAAGCGGAAUUGUCGUCAAAAACUUGGGAGAGCUUCCGUUGAACACAAAACCAGUAUGGUCCUUCAUAUUCAACUCCGCUAAAGCACAGGCGGCAUAUACAACCGCCUUGUUUGAAACUCCUGAGCAAGUUUCUGCUUCCUUAGAAAGCAUCAGCGCUGCUAUCAAGAAAGUCGAGCAGCUCAGCCGCACUCACCAGUGUACAAAUGAAAGGGCUAUUGGCUCAUCUUUUGAUUUCAAUUCCCUUCGAAUCGAUGAUGACACGCAGGAUUCGCUCGGUCCCCUUAAAAGGAAACAUCCGAACUUAAGGGAUUUUCUCGACAAUGGGAAGAACUCUCAACUAGACGACACGUUAGACAUGCAUUCGUACAAGCCUCAAAAGAUUAGGAAAAUAAGCGCUUCCAAAAAGACCCUCAAGAGCGUUUGGUAA